GACGCGAGUCUUCUUCGCAUUGAUAAUACGCUGGAUUUUCUGAGUUAUAAAAAUAAUUCAGAAUCCAUAGCCAAUUCAAGUCUGUAAGCAGAUAUUAAGUUUGAAAUAAAAAUAUUAUUUCCCAGUUUUCAGACUCAAAACUUCUUCAAUCUCCGUCAGAUUAUCCGUUGCAUCGUAGUUUUACGGAACACCGAAGUAAAAAGUUAGGGUUUCAUUUUCCAAGAAAGUGGAUUUUUGAUUACUAGAAACUAUGUUCACGCCGCAGAGAAGGCCGAUUCCGGCAAUCUCGCUCACGCCGCGAGGCACCGAAACGCUGAGGAGCGGUACCAUUUCCAAAAAUGGUAACUUUGGAGGCAAAGGGAAAGCCGUUGCUUUUACUGAAAACCAACCAGCGCCACCGCCGCCACCACCCGUGACUUCGCUGUUGGAGGCCAACGUCCAGGCGAGAGGCGAGGCGGGUGAAUCGGAGGAUGAUUGGAGGGGGUUUCGGGAGGCUGGGUUAUUGGAUGAGGCCACCAUGGAGCGGAAAGAACGUGAAGCUCUUAAGCAGAGAGCCUCGAAGCUUGAACGAGAGUUGUAUGAUUAUCAGUAUAAUAUGGGGCUUCUUCUUAUUGAGAAGAAAGAAUGGACUUCAAAAUUUGAAGAGCUAAGGCAAGCUCUUGAAGAAACACAGGAGAUCCUAAAGCGUGAGCAGUCAGCUCAUUUAAUUGCAUUAACUGAAUCUGAGAAGCGUGAGGAAAAUAUGAGGAGAGCCUUGAGCACGGAGAAGCAGUGUGUGGCUGAUCUUGAAAAGGCUUUGCGUGAUACGGAAGAGGAGCAUGCAAAAGUAAAACUUUCUUCGGAGAAAAAAUUGGUUGAUGCAAAUACUUUGGUUGUUGGAAUUGAGGAAAAGUCAUUGGUAGUGGAGGAGAAGAUUCAUGCUGCUGAAGCCAAAACUGUAGAGGUAAACAGAAAAAGUGCUGAAUUGGAGAUGAAAUUGCAAGAGUUGGAGGCUCGCGACAGCGUGCUUCAAAGGGAACGCCUCUCCCUAAUUGCAGAACAAGAAGCGCACAAAGCAACAUUCUAUAAACAGAGAGAAGAUUUACGGGAGUGGGAAAUGAAAUUACAAAAGGAGGAUGAAAUGCUCAUUGAGCUUAGGACCAUAAAUCAGAGAGAGGAAAAUGCAAAUGAAAAGGAUCGGAUUCUAAAGCAGAAAGAGAGGGACCUUGAAGAGUUUGAAAAGAAAAUUGAUUUGUCCAACUCAAUUGAAGAGAGGGAGGAUGAUAUAAAUAAUCGACUGGCAGAUUUAAUUGUAAAAGAAAGAGAAGCUGACUCCUUAAGAAGCACAUCGGAGGUGAAAAAGAAGGAGUUAUUGACAUUGGAAGAACAACUUACUGCUAGGGAAAGAGUGGAAAUUCACAAGCUCCUCGAUGAUCAAAAAGGAAUUCUGGACGCUAAGUGGCAGGAGUUUGAGCGAGAACUGGAAGAUAAGAGGAAAUCAGUUGAUGAGGAAAUGAGAAGCAAGGUAACUGCCCUGGAGCAGAAGGAAUUUGAAAUUAAACACAAGGAAGAGAAGUUGGGAAAACGAGAACAAGCAUUGGAUAAGAAGUCAGUGAGAGUUAAAGAGAAAGAGAAGGAUCUUGAAGCAAGGUUGAAAUCUGUAAAAGAAACAGAAAAGAUUUUGAAAGCUCAGGAAAAAAAUUUGGAGUUUGAAAAGCAACAAUUGAUUGCUGACAGAGAGAGCUUGGAGAUUCUCAAAUGUGACAUUGAUAAGUUAGGGGCUGAAACCUCUGAGCAGGAGUUCCAGAUUCAAGAAGAACGUCAGAAGCUUAAAAUUAUUCAAGAAGAGAGGUCAGAACAUUGCCGUUUGCAAUCAGAGUUGAAACAGCAGAUAGAAAUGUUCAGAUGUCAGCAGGAGUUACUUCUGAAGGAACAUGAAGAUUUGAAACAGGAAAGGGAGAGGUUUGAGAAAGAAUGGGAAGGGCUAGAUGAGAAAAGAGAUGAAAUUAGUAAAGAGCAGAAAAAUAUUACUGAAGAGAAACAUAAGUUGGAAAAAUUGCAGCAUUCAGAAAAAGAAAGAUUAAAAAAAGAGGAAUCUGUAAUGCAGGAUUAUAUUCAGAGGGAGUUGGAAGCUAUUAGACUGAAGAAAGAAUCAUUCGAAGCCACAAUGAAGCAUGAGCAGUUGCUUUUUACAGAAAAUGCUCAAAAUGAUCGCAAGAAGAUGCUUGAAGAUUUUGAGAUGCUGAAAAUGAAUCAUGAACCUGACAUGCUGAAUAGACAGGAAAGAAUGGAAAAAGAUCUGCAGGAAAGACAGGGAGCAUUUUAUGAAAUGAAAGAGAGGGAACUUAAUGAUUUAAAUCACUUGAAGGAAGUUGCUGAGAAAGAAAUGCAAGAAAUAAGAUCUGAGAGGGAUGAAUUGGAGAGGCAGAAGCAGGAAGUUAAAAUGAACAAAGAAAAGCUGAAAGAGCAGCAACUUGGAAUGCGCAAGGACAUCGAUGAGCUUGACAUUCUUUGCAGGAGGCAUUAUCAUGAUCGCAAACAGUUUAAGCAUGAAAAAGAACGCUUCCUCCAGCUUGUUGAGAAGCAAAAGAGUUGUGAGAACUGUGGAGAAAUGACAAGGGAAUUUGUACUUUCCAGUAUGCAAUUACCUGAUGUGGAAGAUGAGGAUGCUCUUCCUUUACCAACACUGGCUGAUAGAUCUUUGGGCAACCUUCAAGAUGAUAUAUGUGUACCAAAUGACUCAAAUAAUCAGAGAUCUCAUGGACCUGAUUUGGGUUAUGUAGAUGCUGGAGGUCGGAUGUCUUGGUUACGUAGAUGCACUUCUAGGAUUUUUAGCAUCUCUCCUACUAAAAAGAGUGCCCAUGUUUCUACUUCAGUUUUGGGAGAGGAACAACCGCAGAUACCUGUGCCAGCUUAUAAGCAAGAAAAGACUGAUGGGUCUGGUGUGCUUGUCACCAAAGAAGCAAGAGCAUGCAAAAUUCCAGAAGAUGAAUUCCAACCAUCCUUCAGAAUGGCAAAUGAUUCCUUUGAUUUUCAACAGCAGCAAUCUGAUAACAAAAUCAGAGAGGUGGAUGAUGGGAAUUCUCCAUCUGUUGAUGAUCAUAGCUGCAUUGAUAGUAAGGUAGAAGACAUUCCUGAAGAUUCCCAGCAGUCAGAACUAAGAAGUGCUCACCGGAAACCUGGGAGGAAGCCCAAGUCUGGAUUGAACAAAGCACGCUCAGUGAAGGCCGUUGUUAAAGAAGCAAAGAUGUUUCUUGGGGAAAGCCCUGAAGGGGAAGAACUGAAUGUGAGCAUGCAACCAUGCAAGGAUAAUCAAGGGACAUCUAGUCAUACUGAGGAGGUAGCUGGUGGUACCACAAAGAAGCGGCGACGAUCGAAAACCUCUAAAAUUACAGAAAGUGAGCAAGAUGGUGCUGAUAGUGAGGGACCUUCAGAUGGUGUCACUGCUGGUGGGCGCAGGAAGAGGCAGCAGACUGUUGUUCAAGCCCUACCAGCCCCAGGAGAGAAGCGAUACAAUCUCAGGCGACAUAAGAUUGCAGGCACAGCCGCAGCAACACAAGCUGCAUCUGAUCUGAACAAGACGGGGAAAAAGUUAGCCAAAGGUCCAAGUGUAGUGAAAGCAGAAGCAGUACUGAAUCCAGGUGCUGCAUCUGUGUUGUCUCUGGGAGUUGCCAGUGAAAAUGGUAAAUCUACCCAGUUGGUGGAGGUAACUGCAGUAAAAGGUGUGGAGUUCUCACAGGACAGGGCUGUCCAGUUUAAGUCAACUGAGGACAUUGUUGAUGACAAUGCUGAUGGUCAGAAGUCAAUUGAAAAUACUGAGUUGAGUGAGGAAGUUAAUGAGACAGCAGAAUUUGUUGAAGAUGAUGAGAAUGGUAGUACAGCCCUUGAGGAUGAAGAUGACGACGAUGAUUCAGAUCAUCCUGGUGAAGUCUCAAUUGGGAAGAAGCUGUGGAAAUUUUUUACAUCUUGAAGGGUAUUCCUCUUAGUUUCUUUAUUUACAUAAUUUAAUUCUUUGAACACACAGUUCGGUGUGAGUUCUCUUUCUGUUUUAGGUGUUACUAGAAGUUAAUACAACCGGGAAAAUUUAGCGUAAACUGGUAUAAACCUGUCUUCUUCGGGGAAUAAACAAAUGUUAGGGAAAGCUAGCGUUGAUACUGAUUUUGUGCAAGAUUUGGAGCCUGGUUUAUUGUACCAGCACUCUUUUGCAGGUUUCUUUUUUUGUAUUUGUAACUUCUUGGUGCAAAUUUUAUGAGCGAUGACUUCUAUAA